ACUACACGACAGAGUAUCGACGGUUAUCAACAGCCGACAUGAACAGUAAGUACCUGAAUAACCGAACAUGUCCAAUAGGACUUGAUUAGUUGCGCCAUUGGCGUAUGGCUGUGCGGUCCAGCAUUGGAGCCUUGUUGCGGGCCUCAUUGCAGCCUACGCGCUUCUGCCUGAUUUCUACUUGCACAGAUGUAAGAUCAUUCGCUCAGCCUGAUCGGUAUCAACGAUAUAUAGCUGCACCAUGGCCAGGUUGAGAUGACACCAUCGGCCUCCAGCUAUUGUAAUUAUACAUAAACAUUAAGUCCAGUGCAAGCUCUUGACAAGCUUGAGAACACCGUCAAACACUAAAUCCCAACAUGGCCAAGGUUCCAGCACCAACACGAGUCCUUCGCUCUCAAACCAAGACCCUUGCACCCACACAACACAUACCAACAAUCACAUCAAGCACCAGCCGCAGAACGCAUAAGAUAACGAAACGACGGCCCCGUCUGGACCCCUGGUAUCCCAAGCGCAAGACCAACAAGAACCCCAAACCUCGUCCUCCACCUGCUUCACACUUCACAUGCCGGAUAUGUAUCUCGCAUCUCCCCAGAGCAGACUUUAUCCGAUGGGCGCCCAAAAAGAGGUUUUACGAACUAGAAUUAGACGCGCCGCGGCCCUGCAUCCCACAUCUCGCGCGGAACCCGUCGCGCCCCCGCAUCGACCCGGUGUGCAAGACGUGCGUGGGCGCGUUCAUGGCUGCGCGUCUGGAUACGCACGGCGCGCGGCGCGUGAGUGUAGGCUGCAUCGAGCCCGGGUGCGAGACGCCUUGGCCGUGGGAGCUGGUGAUGGCAUACUUUCCGGCAGAGAAGCUGGAAGAAUACAAUCUAGCUACGUUUGAGCACUGGCGUACCGACACGAGUCUGUUUACGUGUGUGUCGCCCAGUUGUGACUUCACAGGGCUUUUGGAUCUGUCGGCGCCGGGGUAUCCGCACGUGGAGUGCAAUGCGUGUGCGUUCCGCGCCUGCGCGUCGUGCUGUGUGCCCUGGCAUGUGGACCAGACUUGUGCGGAAGUCAGCGCUGCUGCUGUCACUGCGCAGAUGAGCGACCCGGAGAAGGAAACGCUGCAGCUUAUGCAGUCUAGAGACGGUAAGCGUUGUCCGAAUUGCCAGCUUGUGAUUGAGAAGGAUGGCGGCUGUCCUUGUAUGUUUUGUCCUGGCUGCAAGAAGAGCUUCAAUUGGAGCACGGCGGCGAGUGCGGUGCCGGGCAGGACGAAAGCUUUGCCAGUAGUGGUCGGGCAGGAAUUCUGGCAGAUCCCUGCUUCUAUGGUGUGUGAGGCCGACGGUGGGAAGAAAUCGACGGAGCCAGAAACUUAUGAUGCAUGGCAGCUCAAUGACGCGACUUUCUUUCUUUUGCCUGACGAGGAUCACGCAGAUCUAUAAGUGCACAAUAUGGACUACAGUCGAUCAGAAUCUCAGCGAGUUUAACGUCCGAAUUACUAGUUUUGGCCCAGGUGAAUUACAUGGUUUUGUAAUAGAUGAGCAACCUUGCCUCUACUAUAAGUAUGCAAAUAGCGAGAGCUUAGGACCUGAAAUAUAUUUG